AUGUCUAUAGCGGGCAUAAUAGGUCGUCCCGCUAUGGCCGGUAAUGUGAUCAUAUCAUUCAGAAUAGUGGACGAGGAAGAUAAAAGCCUGGCCAUGGCAUAUAUACCCUACCCGCUGGUGUAUGGGUGGGUAACUAACACGGCGUGCGAGGUAUGGGAGUCCAAGUGUGGAAAAACGGGUAAUUGUCUGGUGUAUGACGUGGAUAAGUUUCGCUAUAGAUUUAUCGGGUUAACUCUGGGCCUGUAUGCCGUGGGCUCAGUAUUCGACAUAAUAGUG